AUUCACUGUCAGUACUGAAACUGUAUCUUCUUCUUCUUCUUUAUCUCGUUCUGGCUCCCGGCUCCGUUUCUGAGCCGACACGACCACGACGACUGAAACUGUAUAGUAUACGUGACGUAAACUAUAGAUUUUCAGUACUGGCAGUAAAUAUCGGAACGGUGCAGCCAGUUCAGCUACAAAGAACAGACUCCAAGUUGUUAUCAUCGGAUUAAUAGAAGUCUGUGUUGUUAUCCACUUUGUCAAAAUGCGGGCUAUUUAUAAAACCUGGUGAAUAUACUUAUUGUCAGUUCUUGUAACGUGUAAACGUAAAAACUGCAAGCUUUGAAACAUAACGAGGAUAUAAAAGUGAAUAGGAACGAUUCAGGCACAGGGUUAUAUCAGGUCCAGAAGUUUGUCAUAUUUGCGUUAGAUUUUGACGAAAAGUAUGUUCGAUGUCUCUGCGCACGAAGAACAAAACAUUAUGAAAAUUAGUGAAUGUUAAAUACGAUGCUCGUUCUGAGAUUACAAAAUCUGUCGCACUGACGUAUAUAGACGUGUAAACAGCAUUCGAAUAACACAGGCCCACGAAAAAAGUACCCUGUACCGGAGUUCUGACUAGGCUGCUCUUGCCCAGAUUUGACUAUUCGAGAAGUAAAGCGAGCUAAAUUGGAUGGAUCUUUUCAUAAGAAAUAGCAAACCCAAUCUAAAGUUAUGCGCUUAAUUCAUCAGUUUAUUUUGAUGUGGUGUAAUUUAAUAUCGAAACAUCAUUUUUAAUGAUUAUUUUACAAGUAACUUGCAGAACUAAAAAGCAACGUAUGUCAGUUGAUUUAAGCAACAAAUUCAAGAUAUAUAAAUAGAAAAAAAACGCAGAAUGGUGAUAUACGGCGUUUAUAUUGUAUCCAAGUCUGGCGGCUUGAUCUUCAACCAUGACCAUAAUGUUCCAAAAAUUGAAGUUGAAAAAUCCUUUAAUUUUCCACUGAAUAUUAAAUUAAAUUAUGAAAAUAAGAAAAUAGUGGUGUCUUUUGGGCAAAGGGAUGGAAUACAUGUGGGACAUGUAUUGACGUAUGUGAAUGGAAAUGCAAUCACAGGGCGUGAACUUGAAGAUGGAAGGGAUAUCCUGGAGAUGUUGGAGCAACCGGAAAAUUUUCCUAUAACAUUAAAGUUUAGUCGGGCAAAAAUGACGACAAACGAAAAGAUAUUUUUAGCUUCGAUGUUCUAUCCUCUUUUCGCGAUAGCAAGCCAACUCAGCCCGGAACUACGAAGUUCCGGGAUUGAAAUUCUCGAAGCGGACACGUUUCGUUUAUAUUGCUUUCAAACAUUAACGGGCAUUAAAUUUAUGAUAGUAGCGGAGCCUUCGCAGCCAGGCAUGGAAAUUUUGUUAAAGAGAGUGUACGAUUUGUAUGCGGAUUAUGCGCUAAAAAAUCCAUUUUACGCGCUGGAAAUGCCAAUUCGAUGCGAAUUAUUCGAAACUAAUUUACAGACAUUGCUGGAAACGGUAGAGAAAUCUGGAAUAAGCAACGUUUAGUUUAUAUUUACAUGUAAGUUAUUAAUAAAUUUACACUAACGAAGUGUAUGUAAGAAAAUAACAAUUUUUUAAAAUUACCCUUUUUAUUCUGCUAUGUAAAGUGUAAUUCUAUCAAUAAUAAUUAGAGCAAAUUCAAGUUCGUUUAUAUAUUAUA